AUGGCGUACACCUUGGUAUUCGAUCCUCCGGUCCCUGACCACCGGUUUGGUCGUCGUAAUGCCAAGCUGUGUAUGAGCCGGUUUGCCUUAUUUUGGAUGGUAGCUGAUGUGAUGGGCAUGAUGGAGGCUACGUCUUGUUCUGUCUGCAUGCUAACUGACGAGAGCCAUCACAAAGGCGAACUGCCAGUGAUGGUCUCUGGUGAGGAGCUUGCUGAUGUCCGAUGUCAACCAUCGGCUCGCUAUGAUGGGAAAGUAUGA